AUGUGGGGGCGGGACUAGCCCAGACACGCCCACUCGGCUGCGGCAUCGCGGAGAGGGGACUAAGUCCAGAUGUCCUUGGAGGCUGUGGCCCUGCGGGCAGGACACGCACCCUGAGGGCGUAUUAAAUGAGUUAAAUCACUUGAACCACACCCAUUUCCGGGGACCCCUCCGGGCAUCCUGGCUUGAGGGUGUGGUGGGCAGAGGUCCCUAAGGCUGAGGUGGGGCUCUGGCUGAAUCCCUGGUUGGGGGGCAUCUGGGUCAAGUGGCUUCCCUGGCAGCACGAUCACGGUGAGGACUGUGGCACAGGAAUGCAUCAAGUGGAGGAGGGUUGAGGCUUCAGUCCAGCAUCUUUCUCGGGUCACGGCCUCCUCCUGGCUCCCAAGACAACUCCAUAGGCAGAGGCAGGCCUUUCUACCCCCUACUCCUGUGCCUCCAACACCGACUAGACCCUAGCACUCCAUGGAUGAGUCUCUGAGGUCACCUCACCGUGGUCUCUGCCUCAUCCCUGGCACUGGACCACUGAGGGGAGAGGGCUGGGGUGCUCUGCUGAGCCACUCCUGCGCCUCCCUGGCCUUGUGCACCUCUCGCCCCCGGGGGGAUUAGUGUCCAGGUUACCCCAGCAUCCUACCACCUCCUGGUGGCCUUGCCGCCCCCACAACCCCGAAGUAUAAAGCCAGGUACACGAGGCAGGGGACGCACCAAGGAUGGAGAUGCUCCAGGGGCUGCUGCUGGGGCUGCUGCUGAGCAUGGGCGGGGCACGGGCAUCCAGGGAGCCGCUGCGGCCACUGUGCCGCCCCAUCAAUGCCACUUUGGCUGCCGAGAAGGAGGCCUGUCCCGUGUGCAUCACCGUCAACACCACCAUCUGUGCCGGCUACUGCCCCACCAUGAUGCGGGUGCUGCAGGCGGCCCUGCCGCCCCUGCCCCAGGUGGUGUGCACCUACCGCGAGGUGCGCUUCGACUCCAUCCAGCUCCCUGGCUGCCUGCCUGGCGUGGACCCCAUGGUCUCCUUCCCUGUGGCUCUCAGCUGUCGCUGUGGACCCUGCCACCGCAGCACCUCUGACUGUGGGGGUCCCAAGGACCACCCUUUGACUUGUGACCACCCCCAACUCCCAGGCCUCCUCUUCCUCUAAAGACCCUCCCCCCAGCCCUCCAAGUCCAUCCUGACUCCUGGAGCCAGCAGACACCCCGUUCCUCCCGCAAUAAAGGCUUCUAAGUGCGCA